UUUACCAAACGACUCGACUGCUUAGUAGACGAGCCUUGAGUUUGAUAUUAAUUUUAACUUAUAGUGCUCAUCCGCCGUGUACGAUAAUGUCUGUGGAUCCCUUCCGUUUCGAUAAAAAUGACAUAGUGCUGUGUUACCACAGAUCUAUGCUAUAUGAAGCAAAGUGCUUAAAACGACGAAUUGGACCUGACGGUGAAUUGAACUACUACAUUCAUUACAUAGGGUGGAAAACGAAAUGGGAUGAAUGGGUACACGAUGAUCGUGUUUUGUCUGUAAAUGAGUUUUCGCUUGACCACAUGAAAGCACUCCAAGACCAACACAAGUUUAAAAAACAUUUUAACAAAGGAAGAGUUGGCAGACGUAAAAAAAAUACUGAAGUAAACCAAACCACUGAUGCUCCAUCUUCGGCUACUGAAGAGUCUGAACCAUCUUCUAAUCCGGUUUUGGUUGCAUUCAGAACUGUUGGUCUAAUAGAAAAUAACAUUAAUAACUUACCUGCCAUACAAGAGUUUUUGCCUCCAUACGAUAAACAACUAAAAUUUGAUGUGCCUACAAUUCUGAAACGGCGAUUGUCCUACGACUAUAAUAUGAUAAACGUUUUUAACAAGCAAUUAAAGUUUCCAUCCAAAUUCACUGUUAUGCAUCUCAUUGAUGGUUAUAUCGGUUCCAAACAAAAAUCAACAAUAUUUGUUAGGGAAAGAGCUUUGUGUGUUGGAUCGACUUUUAUUCAAUAUUUUAAUUCACGAAUACAGACGCUGCUAUAUGCGAAAGAACGUAAUAAUGAAGUGCACAAUAAAGCUGUUGCUCUGUUAUCAGAAAAAAUAAGACUUGACAGUUUACAAUUCAAAUAUAAAAACAUUUAUUCGGAAGACUUGUGGUGUACAGUUUAUGGACCCAUUUAUUUACUAAGGCUAUGUGUUAAUUUGAAAAAAUUUCUAAGACCAAAGUUUGUGACCGAAGACAACCAGCUCUCUUCCAUUGCUGAUAGCAUAAAUGAUUUUUUCAAGUACCUAGAACAGCAACAUUCCAAAUAUUUUGCCAACGAUGACUACGAACCUGCAACUGAUACGAGCGAGACAGAAGUAUCGUUAACAUAAUCUAUUUUUCACAUCACUAAAAAUUCAUCCUCUCAAUUCUUAGUUUUCUUCCUAUUUUGAUAUAAACUAAAUUAUUUGAGCAGUGAAGUAUAAUUUUAUGUAUUUUAUAAUGUGUUCAGAAUUUAUAUUUGAAUUUUUUUCUACGUCAUCCAUCGCACAUUCAACUUUUUUCCUCUUUUUAUCUUUUGACUUAUCAAUUUUUUUUUUUUUUUAUGACGUAACUGACGUUUGGUCGAUAAUGUACAUCAAUUUUUAGUCAUAAUAUUAUUUGUAUUUUUACUAGUUGUCCAAAUGUAUAUUUUUUCAGUCAAUUAUCUAUUUUGUAUAUUGUCAUUAUAUUUUUUGUUCAAUUUUAUUCGUAAGCCAACUAAUAAUUAUAUUUUUACAUCAAUUAUUGUCACUUGCUAUUAUUGAAUGUGCCAAUAUUUUUCCUUUUUUAGUAUAAGAUAGUACCUACAGUUUGGUUAGAUGUUCCUGAGUGGUACCAAAAAUAAAUAAAUUGUAUCCAUACUCUUUUUAAUCCCACCUUAAUUUCUACUCUACGCUUGUACGAACGGUCCAUCUGUUCAGGUCAAAUUUAUUAAAACGAGUUAUUAUUAUUCUUUUAAGUAACUUUUAUAUUAAUUGUAUACAAUACACCUUGUGUUAUUUUUAAGUGAUACUAGCAAUUUUUUGUGUUGCAUGAUUUAAUUGUAUUUUUAAG